AUGUACCUCAUUGACGAGAAGAAUCGUCUAAAAGUUGACAUAUCACCUUCUCAGACAUCGGUUACUGGUGACUUUAAAAGAGUUACCGAUUACAUUGACUAUAAGAUAAUACCACCGUUUUUAAUACUGAACCUGGGCCUUGAUAUAUAUUCAAAUUCAGAAGACGCCGAGUCAUACUUUAAAGACACAUUGGUAAAACUUGCCUUGCACACUCUAAAACCUAUUGCAUUAACCUUUCUGUCAGUAAAUGACAAUAAUAUUCAUAUCGCUGUUUACCUUCAUAUUGAUUCACUCAAACUCAAAUGUUGCAUAAUUGACUUUAAUAUCAUAUCAACCUUGAUUUCAAUUCCUUAUAUAAAUAAAACUAGUUUCAUAGAGAAGGACGAUGUUUCUUCUUCUUCUACGAUUUCAGUAAUGGCGACUGGUACACCUUCUAUACCAAAUACAUCUAUCUUUGACAAGGUACUUUCAAGGAGGAAACAACUGCAAAUACAGCUGCAACUGCCCCAGAACCUGUUUAUAAUGUCCCCUGUUCAAUCUAAAACGACUGCACUUUCUUCACAAAUACUUACAACGAACGAGCAAAUAACCCAGGCAAUUAGCAAGCUUGUUCUUUCAGGUUUAAGACUCAGAGGACUUUCAGGAUUCAUCAGCUCUACCUCUCAAGUUUCAAACGAAAAGCUUGCAGUAAGAGAAAUUUACCAAAUGACACAGCAAUGCGCUAUCUUUGCUGUCAGGAAGUUCAACUAUGGAUUUAAUAAACAACUGCACCUGCAGCAACUAAGUCCUGUUCCAGUUCGAUUAAAUGACAUCCAAGAUAUAGUAGAAAACUUGUUACUGGUGUUUAUAGACAUGGAAGAGUCGGCUACCACGACUUAA